UCCUCAGCUCCUCUCUGCAAGUGGCGUGUGCAGCUCUGCACGAGACCAUGAGCAGCUCAAUGGCUCCUCUCCUCCUCGCUCUGCUGUUGGCUUUCGUGGCUAGAGGCCACGCCGACCUAUACGGCAACCCCACGCCGCCGGCUCAACCGCCGUCGAGAGUGGCCGGAAAGAAGUUCCCCCCGGACGAGUUCAUCUGCAACAGCCCCAACAGCGACUGCUUCGGCGCCAACAUCACCUGCCCCGAUCAGUGCCCGUCCUUCCGGCCGGCCAACCCCAAUGAGAAGGCUUGCUUCAUCGACUGCAACAAUCCCACCUGCGAGGCUGUCUGUGGAACCAGGAAGCCGGACUGCAACCUGCCUGGUUCAGGGUGCAAGGACCCGAGGUUCGUCGGCGGCGAUGGCAUCGUGUUCUACUUCCGCGGCAAGGCGAACCAGCACUUCACGCUCGUCUCCGACGCCGGCUUCCAAAUCAAUGCCCGCUUCAUCGGCCUCCGCCCCGCCGGCCGCCGACACGACUACACGUGGAUCCAGUCCCUCGGCAUCCUCUUCGGCAAGCACACCGUCACCGUCUCCGCCACCCCCGCUGCCGCCUGGGACCGCAGCGCCGACCACCUCUCCUUCACCUUCGACGGCGAGCCCUUCGACCUCGGCAUCGGCCACCUCUCCUCCUGGUCCUCGCCUGCCGCGGGCGACCUCCUCGUGGAGCGCACCGCCUCCGUCAACAGCGUGAUCGUGGUCCUCCCCGGGUCGUUCGAGAUCAGGGCGACGGUCGUCCCCGUGACAAAAGAGGACGACAGGAUCCACAAGUACAACGUUCCCGCCGACGACUGCUUCGCCCACUUGGACGUGCAGUUCAAGUUCUUUGGGCUGUCGGAGCGGGUGGAGGGCGUGCUGGGGCAGACUUACCAGCCCAACUUCCAGAAUCCGGUGAAGAGGGGGGUGCCGAUGCCGAUCAUGGGCGGCGAGGACCGCUACUUCACCUCCUCUCUGCUGGCCACCGACUGCAAGCGCUGCAUCUUCUCGCCGGAGGUGCCGGUGGCGUCUGAGGUGGUCGACGCUUCUGCUGCCUCCUUCGACUGCACCAGCAAGAUGAGCCAUGGAUAUGGGAUAGUCUGCAGGAGGUGAGAGCGUGAGAUCAUACGAGGAAGAAGAGAGGAGGAGACACUGAAGGACGGAGAAGGGGGUUUAGUAUGAAUAAUAAGGUGGCAUGGUGUUGCUGUUGAGAGCAGUAGUAGCAGCAGCAGCUCAUGCAGCAUAGAAUCUUAGUCUACAUAAAAAGAUUGAUCAGUAUUAUGUGAUGAUACCAAGUGUUUAUGCAUUAUAUAUUAUGUUUGAGAAUUGUGAGGUAUGAUGUGGAGCAACUGCUCCUGUACUUUGCUAUUGAUUAAUAAAGUGUUUAAGGACCUAAUUACA